AUGCAUUAAGAGUAAUAAGAUCAAUAAGCUUUUGAUAAAGUUUCUUUAUUUACCAUUGUUUCACUUUCAUUAGUUAGCUUUUUAUUCUACUAAUUCACAUCUAAACCAGAACUCUAUGGAGGAGAUGAUUGCAUUGCAUUAAGACAAUGUGCAUAUUUUAUGUUUUGUCUAUACACAGUAUAUGUCAUAAUAAUAGGGUGUAUUUGAAAUAGUAUUUAUAAAUAGUAUAAUGAUUUAAUGGAGAUCCUCUACAAAUUCAAAAUUAAAACUUUAUAUAUCAGGAAUAUUACUUGUUGGGUUUGUAAUUAGCAAUAUUUAUUUGAUAAUUCAAUAUUUUAAAAAUGAACCUUGUAAUUUAUUAAGAUAUGUUGUCUUUUGGUAUUUGAUUUUGAUGUCCAUUGCAUUUUUGAUAUUUAUGGGUAUAAUGGGAGCAAUAAUUUAUAUGAUGUGA